AUGCUGCCUCCAAAGUACUUGUCUGCCACCAAACCCAAGAGGUCUCGGGCCCCAAAUCUGUGUGAGCUAGACAGUGACUUGCCUCAGGAGCCGGAUGCCGCCAUAGGAGAAGCCGCCACUGACCCUGAAUUCUUUCAUCAGAGGUUUCGGAACUUCCUCUACGUGGAAUGUGUCGGGCCUCGGAAGACCCUGCUCCAACUCCGAAACCUCUGCCUCGACUGGCUGCAGCCGGAGACUCGCACCAAGGAGGAGAUCAUCGAGCUCUUGGUCCUUGAGCAGUACCUGACCAUCCUUCCAGAGAAGAUCAAGCCCUGGGUGCGUGCGAAAAAGCCAGAGAACUGCGAGAAGCUCGUUACUCUGCUGGAAAAUUACAAGGAGAUGUACGAACCGGAAGACGACAGCAGCAGUGACGCCCACAGCGAAGGCAGCGUGAGCCGGAAGGCAGCAGCAUCCCCGCCGCCACACUCAGCCCGCUGCAACUGGGACCAAGACUGGGAGCGAGCCCGCGAGCGGGAGCGCCGGAGGGGCAGAGGCAGGGGCCUGGAGUCUCGGGCCCGCUGGCCGUACGCCCGGAGCCCCAGGAGCAGGUUUCAUCAGCGGGAUCUUUCCCUUCCUCUGAUGGAGAAAGUGGCUUUUGCAAAGGAAAGAGAGCACAAACGUCGGGACUCUGUGAUGGAUUACGAGACGAAAUCGCAGGAUGCGGUGUCGUACCAGGAUGUGGUGGCCCUCACUGAGGACCGGAAGCCCCAGAACCCGGUUCAGGACAACAUGGAGAACUACCGGAAGCUGCUCUCGCUGGGGGUUCAGCUUGCCGAGGACGACGGCCACUCGCACAUGACCCAGGGCCACUCGUCACGGUCAAAGAGAAGUGCCUACCCGAGCACCAGCCGAGGUCUGAAAACUAUGCCUGAAACCAAAAAGUCAGCCCAUCGGCGGGGGAUCUGUGAAGAUGAAUCUUCCCACGGGGUGAUAAUGGAAAAGUUCAUCAAGGACGUUUCGCGCAACUCCAAAUCGGGAAGGGCAAGGGAACCUAGCGAUCGGCUGCAGAGGUUCCCCAGGAGGCCAGACAGUGACUGGAAGGAAGUUCCAUUCAACAAGAGGGAGUCAGUGAUUCAGGAGAGGGGCCAUGAAGGGAAUGCCUUUGGGGGAGGAGGCUUUAAUUUGAACUCAAACCUUGUUUCCAGAAAGAGAGUUCUUGAGAGAAAAAGGCGCUAUCAUUUUGACACAGACGGGAAGGGCUCCAUGCACGGUCGGAGAGGUGGUGCAAGGAAGCGGCCCUUUGAGCGCGGCGAGGUGAGGAAGGCCGCGAGCGGGAGCAGCCUUAGUGCGCCGCCCGUCCCCCAGUCGCAGCCCUUCGACUUUGGGGCGACGCCCUAUGUGUGUGAUGAGUGCGGGAGGUCCUUCAGCGUGAUUUCGGGGUUUGUAGAGCAUCAGAUCACACACACCAGGGAGAAUCUGUACGAGUACGGCGAGUCCUUUCUUCAUAGUGUGGCCGUCAGUGAGGUUCAGAAAAGGCAGGCCGGAGGGAAACGCUUUGAAUGUAAGGAGUGUGGGGAACCCUUCAAUAAGAGCGCUGCCCUGGCCGAGCAUCGGAAAAUUCAUGCUAGAGAUUGCCUUGCGGGGUGUAAAGACGAGGAGUACGAGGAGCCCUUCAUGCCCAGCCCAACCUUCAGGGAGCUCCAGAAGAUAUACGGGAAGGACAAAUUCUAUGAAUGCAGGGUGUGCAAGGAAACCUUCCUUCAUAGUUCUGCCCUGAUCGAGCACCAGAAAACCCAUGGCCGAGAUGACAAAGGUAGUGAGCGUGGGGAAGCCUUCAAACCCAGCCCAGCGCUUAACGAGCUUCAGAAUAUGUAUGGGAAAGAGAAAAUGUACGAGUGCAAGGUGUGCGGGGAGACCUUUCAUCACAGCGCAUCCCUGAAAGAGCACCACAAGAUCCACACCCGAGGAAACCCAUUUGAAAACAAGGGCAAAGUGUGUGAGGAAACCUUCAUUCCUGGUCAGUCCCUUAAAAGACGCCAGAAAACCUACCCAACAGAGAAGGCCUACGACUUCAAAGAUGGUGGGGAUGCCUUUAGGCAAAACUCAGACCUCAUCGAGCAUCAGAAAAUUCAUUCUCGGAAGAACCUCUUUGAAGGCCGGGGGUACGAGAAGUCUGUCAUUCACAGUGUGUCCUUCCCCGAAUCUCAGAAGAGUCACACUAUAACAAGGCCACCUGAGGACGAGGAAGACGAGAAGGCAUUCACUGUCAGCUCCAAUCCUGAUGACAGCCGGGAAGCCCUGUCCUAUGAGAGGGGCCCUUAUGAGAGGUCUUUCAUUCACAGCUCAGCCUUCCCUGGGGCUCAGAAAAGUCACAGCAAACCGAGAGUGAUAGCAGAGGCGACCGUUCAGAGCUCGGGUGCCACCGAACAUUGGAAAGUCCACGCUGGGGAGAGUACCUCUGAAAGAAAGGGAUAUGAGAGGUCCGUCAUCCACAGCCUAGCUGCUUUCAGGCCUCCCCGUGGUCACGGUGGAAAUGAGCUCCUUGGCUGUGACGAGCAGCGGGAGUCCUCCGCUUACCUCUUAGACCCUUGUGGCCAGCCGCAGAAGACCCCUGCCCAAGGGAGCCCCUAUGCAGGGGGUAAGAACGACAUCUUCAAGGGCUCUGUUGUGCACGGUGCGUCCCACACCGCACCUCGGGACAGUCCCGCUGGGGAGGGCCCCGGUGGGUGGAAGGAGGACGGGGAACCGUGUGUCCCCAAGUCAGACGUGCGCGAGCAUCAGAAGGCUCGUGCCAAGAGGAAGAACGUCGAGCGCAGGAUUCCUGAGACCUCUGUAAGCCGUCCCCUGCGCUUUGGUGAGCCUCAGGCAUUUCGCCCGAGGGAGAAGGUUUACGAAUGUCCAGAGUGUGAAGAGUCCUUUGUCCAUAGCUCCGACCUCACUGAGCAUCAGAAGAUUCACGAUAGAAAGAAGCCCUCUGGAAGUGAAAACUACAUAAGAUCUGUCAUUCGCAGCUUAGCCUCCACGGACCCUCAGACCAGUUAUGCAGCUCAGACCAGUUAUGCUGAACAGCCAGUCCGCAAUGAAUGUAAGGAGUGUGGGGAGUGUUUUGCCACUGUUGAAGACCUUGGCAUACAUCAGAAAAUCUAUGCCCGAGAGAAAUUCCAUGGUGGGGAGCUGUUUGGAGACUCUGUGAUUCAGGGUGUGGGCCUUGAUGGACCUCGAAAGGAAGAGCCUCGGCAGGAAGGGCCAGACGAGCCGGAUGAGCCUGAAGACACCAUCUAUGGGUGUAAGGACUGCGGGCUGGGCUUUGUGGAUCGCACAGACCUCAAGGACCAUCAGAAGGUUCACGGCAGAGAGUACCUCAUCGACAGCCGCGAGUACGCGCAUUCUGUGAUGCACACCCAUUCUGUCAGUGAGUAUCAGAAAGAUUACAUUGGAGAGCAGCUCUAUGAGUGCCCGGCAUGUGGGGAAUCUUUCGUUCAUAGCUCAUUCCUUUUCGAGCAUCAGAAAAUCCAUGAGCAAGACCAGUUUUACGGCCACAGGAGGUAUGAUGAGCCCUUUAUGCAGCCCUUGGUCAUUAGCCCACAGCGGCCUCGGGCCCCACAGAAGAGUCCUCCUGCUGGGACGUCCCUGCAAUGCCAAGUAUGCGGACGAGACUUCAUCCACGGCUCUGUCCUUAACGAACACAUGAGAGUCCACCCUGGAGACAGCCUGCUGGAGCAGGGCCAGGGAAGCACAGACGUGGUCAGCCCAGGCUCGGCCCCCACAGACCUUCAGAGAGACCAGGCCAAGGACAAGCACUAUGAGUGUGCGACCUGUGGAGAGUCCUUCCCCAGCCAGGCAGACCUCCAGGAACACAUGAGGAUUCACGAGAAGGACAAGCCCUACGACUAUGGGGCCACCUUCGUCCACACCUCCUUCCUCACCGAGCCCCCCAAGAGAGAUUCACCCUUCUAUGAGUGCAAGGACUGUGGCAAGUCCUUCAUCCACAACACAGUCCUCACGAAGCAUCAGAAGCUGCACCUCGAGGAAGAGGAAGCAGCAGCAGCCGCCCAGGAAGUUGAAGCCAACGUCCUCGUUCCAAGGGAAGUUCUGCGGAUCCAGGGAUCAAAUGUGGAGGCCGCGGAGCCGGAGGUGGAGGCUGCCGAGCCGGAGGUGGAGGCUGCCGAGCCCAACGUGGAGGCCGCCGAACCCAACGGAGAGGCCGAGGGGCCGGAGGGGGAGGCCGCUGAGCCCAACGGGGAGGCAGAACAGCCCAACGGGGAGGCAGAACAGCCCAACGGGGAUGCUGAUGAACCGGAUGGGGCAGGGAUCGAAGACCCAGAGGAAAGAGCCGAAGAGCCAGAGGGAGACGCGGAUGAGCCAGACGGUGCAGGGAUCGAGGACCCAGAAGAGGAAGGUGACGACCAGGAGAUCCAAGUGGAAGAGCCCUACUACGACUGCAGGGAGUGUGGCGAGACCUUCACCUCCAACUCGGCCUACGGUGAGCACCUGAAAACCCAUGCCAGGGUGCUAAUAUUUGAGCCUGGAAGCGUCUACGGGGAAAGCUCCCACUACACCGAGCACGCCAGCACCAGCAGCAGUGACAGCGGCAGGGCUGAUGACAAGUACUUCAAGUGUGACGUCUGUGGGCAGGUCUUCACCGACCGCCUGGCCCUGGCCCGGCACCAGAACACCCACACCGGCUGA